GCCUGCGCCGCCGCGGGGCUGCUGCUGGUUGGUCCGCACGUGGAACCUCUCCUGGUCCUGUUGACCCGGGCCCCUCGGAAUCUCCGGCUUGGUCCGGUCCGGGACUGGACGCCCGCCAUGGCGGCUACUGCGGCAGAAACGCGCAUAUUUCUGGAGGUGCGGAGACAGCUGCAGAGCGCGCUGCUGAUCCUGGGAGAACCGAAAGAGGGAGGUAUGCCCAUGGAUAUUUCCAUAAUGCCAUCUUCACUCCAGAUGAAAACCCCUGAAGGCUGCACAGAAAUCCAGCUUCCAGCAGAGGUCAGGCUUGUACCUUCCUCUUGCCGUGGGCUACAGUUUGUUACUGGAGAUGGACUGCACCUGCGGCUGCAGGCGCAAGCAGAAUUAGGCACAAAACUGAUUUCAAUGUUUAAUCAAAGCUCGCAAGCCCAAGAAUGUUGCACAUUUUAUUGCCAAUCCUGUGGUGAAGUCAUAAUAAAAGACAGGAAGCUCCUCAGGGUGCUCCCACUGCCGAGUGAGAACUGGGAAGCUCUAGUUGGAGAAUGGUGUUGUCAUCCUGACCCCUUUGCUAAUAAACCACUUCAUCCGCAAGAGAAUGACUGUUUUAUUGGAGACUCUUUCUUCUUGGUGAAUUUAAGAACCAGUUUGUGGCAGCCAAGACCUGAACUAUCCCCAGUGGAGAUGUGCUGUGUUUCUUCUGACAACCAUUGUAAAUUGGAACCAAAGGCAAAUACCAAAGUAAUUUGUAAGCGUUGCAAGGUAAUGUUGGGAGAGACCGUGUCAUCAGAAACCACCAAGUUUUACAUGACAGAGAUAAUCAUUCAGUCAUCUGAGAGGAGUUUCCCCAUCAUACCAAGGUCUCAGUUUGUCCAGAGCGUGAUCACCCAGUGUCUGGUGCAGCUCUCCUCUGCUAGAAGUACUUUUAGAUUCAGGAUUCAAGGUCAGGACGACAAAGUGUAUAUCUUGCUGUGGCUUUUAAAUUCAGACAGUUUGGUGAUUGAAUCAUUGAGAAAUUCUAAAUAUAUCAAAAAAUUCCCAUUGUUGGAAGACACAUUGAAAGCAGAUUCUAGUUCUGCCUGGAGUGCUAUCAAGGUCCUCUACCAGCCAUGCAUCAAAAGCAGGAAUGAAAGACUUGUCAGCUUGUGGGAAAGUGACAUCAGCGUCCACCCGCUAACCCUGCCCUCUGCAACCUGCUUGGAGCUGCUGUUGAUAUUAUCAAGGAGUAAUGCCAAUCUGCCUUCAUCCCUUUGCCAUAUGAAUUCCUUUCAGGCAGAAGAGCCUCACUCCAUGACCACAACCACCAGAAACCCAUGGGGAGUACUGCCAAGCUACUGCUGAUGUUCACGUAAGGCCCAAGGGCACUUCAGUAAACUUGUGGUGAAUUCUGCCAGACUGGGAUUCACCCUUCAGGGCAGUGGGCUCCCCUUUGGCUCAGGACAGGUCGAGAAAUGCUGUCUAAGAACCAAGUCCCGGACUCAGGACUUGCUUUGUGCAAAGAACCUGCUUUGUGCUCUACCCCACUGUGACCAAGCUAGUACCUAAAGUGCAAGACAAAGUUCCCUUUACUUUUCCCUUUCCUCGAGCAGAAGGAGUUUCUCACCACAGCCAUCAGAGUUUCAAAUGUGUUGUGUCUCAGCUGAAGUCAGCACCUCUCAGAAUCUCACCCAAGACCCACAGCUUACUACCUGGGUAUCCCUACUGGUUAUUCAGGGCCCAGGGGCUCUUUAGUCAUCAGGUGAUAGGCUUUGCCUGGACUGGGUCCUUCACUUUACAGCAACAGAUUCCCUUCUGGUCCAGGGUGUGUCUACAAAUGUCAUCCAGGAGCUAGCGCCUGGAAUGGAGCCUUACAACCGUGAUCAGUUCUCUAUCCAACUGUGGCCAAGCUAGUAUUUAAGAAUCAAAAUAAAAAUCCUCUUUACUCUUCCCUCUCCUCUCUUCAAGUGGAAGGAAGAGGUCUCUUUUGGAGUUGUGUUGCCUAGAGUUAGGGGAGGGGUGGCACAAGCACUCCCUUAGCUGCCCUAGCUAGUUUCUCAGUAGCUUGCAUCACCCCUGAGUCCACUUGCUCCAAUCCCAGCUCAGCAUUAAGACUUGCAGUCCCUGUGGUCUAGGUUGUCUUUCAAGUUUAUUUAUGGCCCCACGGCACUUCAGCCCACAGUAACGAAGCUGGCUCGAACUCAAGUUCCCACCACUGGGAUGGGCGAUUCUCCUCUGGCUAGGGUUGAUCUGCAUGCUCCCUCCUUGUGUGGGCAUCACCUGAGUUCCACUUGGUUUUGCUUUCCACUGUAACAGGGAAGCACUGAGUUUAAUGUGAAGUCUCAUAAUUACUGCACUCUCCUCCUCUCAAGCACACAGAUUUCUCUGAGCUAUGCAGCUGCUGUAGGGGAAUGGGAGAGGGGUGGCAUUGGUAAUUCAAGACUGUUUCCUAUUUCCUAUUCUUUUCAGAGAUAUUAAGUUAAAAUCAGAUACCAUGAGAGUCCUU